CUUCGACUCACGCCUGCACUUUGAAAUGCGAUAUGGCGGAAUUGGAUACCGAGGUUCAUCGAACCCCAGCACCAGCUCUCUGGAUCGUCGUCUCAAUCAUCGGCAGCUUAUAACGAAACCCGACAUGAACAUUCAACCUGCAUCAGGCCGGGCCUCACAAUCAUUCGACUAGGCAGCCGAACGAACGACAGGAUCUAUUCACGCACUUCGGCCGUCAUGGGCCACCAAACAACCAUUGCCCCCCAAUACACGGGAACGGGGUUUUGGGAAUUUUCCGUCUGUUCGGAUCCGUACAAAGCGAUGACCGACACGACAGUUUUUGUGCCACAUUAUUAUGCAGUUGGCAUCAAGCAAACUCCUACGAUCACUCAUACAACCCACUUUUUGUAUACAACACCGACUCGUUUUACAGUUGACUUCUUUUUUUGUUUCUGUUUUAUCACAACGGAUA